GAAAGAAAUAACUUGAAAAGGAAACUCGAAAUGAAGUACGAAAAACCCACAGUUUGUGUUCUUGAUGCUUCAACCUACGUUGGCUUCUGGAUUCUCAAAGGAUUACUUGCUCGAGGCUUCAUAGUUCACGCUGCUACCCAGAAAAAUGGUGAAAUAGAGAUUCAGAAGAGAAUUAAGGAAAUGGAGAAAGAAGAAGAGAGAUUGGCAGUUUUCUCUGUUGAUGUUUUGGAUUAUCAUAGCAUUCUUUUGGCUUUGAAAGGUUGCUCUGCUGUGUUCUGUUGUCUAGACAGUCCCGAAGGAUAUGGUGAAACAAUGGUGAACUUGGAGGUGAGAGGAGCAAUCAAUAUAAUUGAAGGAUGUGCGCAGACAGAGAGCGUGGAGAAGAUUGUGUUCACUUCUUCACUGGCUGCAGCAGUAUGGAGAGAGGACAUUUCUUCUGAGAAGGCUGUGGAUGAAAAGUCAUGGAGUAAUCCUGAAUUUUGCAGGAAAUUGAAGUUAUGGUAUGCGCUAGCAAAGACGCUAUCGGAACAAGCUGCUUGGGCUCUGUCAAUGGACCGGACUCUUAACAUGGUGUCUAUAAAUUCAGGACUAGUCCUUGGGCCCGAUGUCGCACAACAAAAUCCUCGGCCGACUAUGUCAUACCUUAACGGAGCAGCUCAAAUGUAUGAAAAUGGUCUACUAGCAUUUGUUGACGUGGACUUUCUUGCAAAUAUUCAUAUUCGAGCUUUGGAGGACCAGUCUUCUUGCGGGAGAUAUUUCUGUUACAGUCAUGUAGUGAAAACUGAGGAUGAAGCUGUUAAGCUUGCACAAAGCUUAAGUCCUUUGCUAUCUCUACCACCAAGGUAUCAUUACGAUGGUAGUGAAGCAUAUAUAGAGCGAUUGAGGACCAAGAAAUUGAGGAAGCUGGUUGAGGGAGCUGCUUAUUAAGACGAGAUGUUAACUCUUGAAUCUUGAUCAUAAUUGUAAUUUUGAGAUGUAUUUCCCUUAGUUUACCUGUUUCCGAGAAGAGAGAGAGGGUUAACUUUCUAUGAUAUUUGAAUAUCACAUCCAAAAUAAAAUAGCAAAAUAUAAAACCCUUAUAAAUACAAUGACAAUGUCCCAUUUCUCAAUGUAGGAUUCAU